AUGGCUGCUGCUUUUGACGACGAAGAUCUGUCCGUCUCCCUCGCGACAUAUCCCCGAGGUCCUAACAGGCCACACGACCGACCAGACGAAGCAAUGGAUAGCUCCAAUCCGGCAGCCAUGGCCAUGCCGCCGCCACCGCGGCCAAACAACGGCAGCCACAGCAGUAAAUCAUCGAUACAGUCGCCCACAACGCGCCGAGAUAUGCAACGAUUAGAUCAAUAUAAAACGGUCAAGGUGCUGGGCGAAGGCUCUUUUGGCAAGGUCAAGCUGGCAAUUCACCAGCCCAGUGGGCGACAGGUCGCGCUUAAGAUCAUCCCCCGUCGAAAAUUGCUGUCAAGAGAUAUGGUUGGACGGGUUGAGCGUGAAAUUCAAUACCUACAAUUGCUCCGACAUCCGCAUAUUAUAAAGUUAUAUACUGUCAUUCCUACAAAGUCCGAUAUCGUCAUGGUUUUGGAAUAUGCAGAAAGAGAACUGUUCGACUACCUCGUCAAGCGCGGAAAAUGUAACGACGACGAGGCACGCAAGUUCUUCCAGCAGAUUAUUUGUGCAGUCGAGUAUUGCCAUCGGCAUAAGAUCGUCCACCGGGAUUUGAAGCCUGAAAACUUGUUGAUCGAUAGCGAUAAAAACGUCAAGAUUGCAGAUUUUGGACUCAGUAACAUUAUGACGGAUGGCAACUUCUUAAAAACAAGCUGUGGAAGCCCUAAUUAUGCCGCGCCAGAAGUCAUUUCGGGAAAGUUAUAUGCAGGGCCGGAAGUCGAUGUGUGGAGUUGUGGAGUCAUAUUAUACGUUCUUCUUGUCGGGCGAUUACCGUUUGACGACGAUUAUAUCCCUGCUUUGUUCAAGAAGAUUGCCGCAGGAAAUUUCCAUAUGCCUUCAUACAUCUCGCCAGGAGCCGCGAGGCUCAUCAGAGCCAUGUUACAAGUUCAUCCCGUCCAACGAAUCAGUAUCCCUGACAUCCGGCAGGAUCCAUGGUUUCUCCAGGAUCUUCCUGCGUAUCUUCAACCGCCGCCAGAAGAAUUCGUCACUACAGGGGUUGACCCUAACAAAGCGGUUGACCGUCGCAAGAUUGCUCCUGGAAAGCCUACAUCUGUGCAGCAGAAGAUCCACGAGCUCGCUGUGACAAAAUUAGAGCACAGUAUGGGCUACCGGAAGCAUGAGAUCGAGGACGCUCUACGGAGGUCAGAGCCUAGUGCAGUCAAGGACGCGUUUUUCAUUAUCGCAGAGAAUGAACUGAUGCAAACGAAUUCUCCGCAAGACGAUACUCUCGAUUUGCCUUCUCCAACAGCACCUUCGUCCCCACCAGCGCAGGAUAGAGGCGCUUUCAGUUCACCACGGGCACCAAAAACAGCCGCGGCAGCUCUCCGGCAUGAACAUGCUCUUGCUCCGUUAACACCGCAAGCUCGAGAAGCAACACCACCACCAGCAUCGUCACCAAUUCAACCUUCAUCUACCUGGGAGGCUAAUGCUCAAACCAUGCAUGUUGAUGAGUCACGUGUGAGCCAUGUUAGAAUUCUUCCCACAAGUCUUCCGUACGUCCAUGACCAGAUUAUGGAGCAAAGGGAUGGCAUCAGAGAACGCGCUAGGAAGCAGAAAAACUAUAGCUCUGUACCCGAUGCGGAACAAGAAAUUGAUCAUCCCGUGGAACGCACCCCAGAGCAACAGGCGGCGACAUUCAGGGCUUUGAAGCCUCAUUCUCGCAGUGUUGUUGAUUUUGAUAAACUACGUUUAGAACCACCACAGAAGUUCCACACAACGCCCAUGCCACCGAAGAGGUCCAGAAAAUGGCAAUUUGGCAUUCGUUCCCGAAAUCAACCUUACGAGGCGAUGUUAUGUCUCUAUAGAGCCAUUGAAGCGGUGGGCGGGGUUUGGGAAAUCAUUCCCGCAGAACCAGAUGGCGACGCACCCUUCGAACCAGACCCAAACAAACCACUGCCUUUGCAGCGCAAGUAUCCAGACCUACCAUCAGAGUAUUACAUCCCCAAGGAUCCCUGGUUUAUUCGCGCACGUUUGUUAAAGGAGGGCGUGACUGCUCCGGGCGUUUCACUUAGCGCCCACAGCAGUCGCAGUGACUUGGGCGACCUCCGGCGCAAAGUGAAUUUGAUGAAUGCCUCCAUCAGUGCCGAAGAGAAAGCCGCCAUUACCGCAGCCGUACAAGCCAAUGCCGAGAGCGCGGGUGGAAGUGGCAGUGGUGGUGCUAGUGGAGCUUCAUCUCUUGAACUGCAAUCAAUGCGUAUAUCAUACGGAGUCUGGGUAUUUAUCGAUAUUCAACUAUAUCAACUCGAAGCCAAUAAUUAUAUGGUCGAUUUCAAAUGUGAUGGCUACCAGAACGUGAUUCGUGCGGACAUGGAUGGCGAGUGGCGACCGGUCAGCAAACGCAUUCGCAAUAAGGAGAAGGAAGUGACAAGUCCAUAUCCUUAUUUGGACGUUGCAUCUGAUCUGGUGGCUCAACUUGCAAUAGCGAGCUAG